CUGAUCUCAGUGGGAAUGAUGCGUUUGGCGCGCUUCACGCAGAGUUUCUCGUUUAACAAGAAUGCGGCCAAGCAUCGCGGCAGCGGCAGCAGCAACGGGAACGGAACCAGCAACGGCCAGAGCUUAGGUGGCAGCUGCAACGCCAACGGCCUGGCAGCCAGUGGAGGCGUUGGAGGGGGCGGCGGCGGCGGCGGCGGCGGAGGAGGAGGAGGCGGUGGGAGCGGGAGUGGCCGUGGUAGCGGCGGCAGCGGGACAGGCGCAUCCGUUAGCGGAAGCGGGAUCGCCAAGCGGAAGUCAAAGGCGCGAACAAAGUGCUUCGGUGGCACAGUGUUUCGGUGUUGCCUCCCUUGUCGCGGGGGCGGCUCCGCAGCCCCCGCCACAAGUCCGCCCCAAACUCCCGCCCAGACGCCGGACGAGCUCAAGGCCAGGCCGGAUAAUUAUCAGCAGAAGCCGCAGGACAAUCAGCAGAAGCAGCACCCGGAUAAUAAGUCAACGGAGGCCGGUGCCAACGAGCAGCAGCAGCAGCGUGAGCGCCUGCUGAGCAAUCCCGAUUUAUAUCCCAGUGGCGAGAAGAAACACUCUCUGGCAGAGACCAUAAAUACUUCGGUGACCACGCCCAUUUCUCUGAAGACCCUCAUCAACGACGUGGACGAGGAGGAGCUGCUAGGGCAGCAGCUAAGCGCGGCGGAUAUAGCAGCGGCCAGUUUGGCCAGCGGCCUUGUUGCCCGUCGAGCCGAGCCGGAAACGCUGAGCGACGCCAGUGUCUCACCCACGGCCGUGGUCCAGCAGCAGCUGGCACAGCCACCUGCCCACCUGGUCACCAACAAUACCACCACAGCCUGCUCCGGCAGCCUGCUCAGCCAGGUGACGUUGUACAGCAACAGCCCCGUCAAUCAGACGCCAAAUCCCACCCAAAGCCAGGCCCAGAGCCCGAGCACGAGCGCAAACCCAAACCCAAAUACGAAUACGAAUCCGAAUCCCAGCCAGAGUCAGAACCAAAACCAGAAUCCCAACCAGAAUCAGCAGCGUUGCAGCUGCCAGCCGCAGACCUCGCCGCUUCCGCACAUCAAGGAGGAGGAGGAAUCCGAGCAGGCCAACUCGCGGCAGCUCUCCCUCAAGGAGGAGCAGCAAGAGCCAGAGCAACAGCAGCAGCAGCAGCAGCAUCAGGAGCAGCAGCUGCCGCCCAUUACCAUAGCCAGUGGCUACUGUGGCAGCUGCGAGAGUGUCCACCACUCGUCGGCCACCUCGUCGUCGGGUGGAACAGCGCCAGCUGGCAGUCAGCAGACGCAGGAGUACAUUGCAGGCACCUCCUCUACGCCCUCGCCGCGCAUCAAGCUCAAAUUCCGCAAACCGCACAAAUCCUGCUGGUCACGCAUCGUCCUUGCGCCCAUUGGUUCCGCAGGCGGUUCAUCCUCUGCCGGUGGCUCCACCGUUAUUGGUAGCAAUUCAAACGAGACUUUAGCCUCUAGCAGCACCACCGGCGGCACUGCCACCACCACGCAAAAUAGCAGCAGCGCCAGCGUUGCAGCCCAUCAUCGGCUCACCUCGUCGUCGGCCUCGGCGCUUGCCUCUUCGCACCCGAGCAACUCGCAGUUGCUGCCCACCAGCAAGAUGCAGGCGGAGCAGGGUUCUAUUGGGGACCUGCAAAAAUAUCACAGUCGGUAUCUCAAGAACCGUCGUCACACGUUGGCCAAUGUUCGUUUCGAUGUAGAAAAUGGCCAGGGCGCUCGAUCUCCGCUCGAGGGCGGCUCUCCCAGCGCCGGUUUGGUUCUACAGAAUUUACCGCAGCGUCGCGAAUCGUUUCUAUAUCGCUCCGAUUCCGAUUUUGAGAUGUCGCCCAAGUCCAUGUCCCGAAACUCAAGCAUCGCUAGCGAAAGGUUUAAAGAACAGGAAGCCUCUAUACUCGUUGACCGAUCCCAUGGCGAGGAUCUCAUUGUGACGCCUUUCGCCCAAAUUUUAGCCAGUUUACGUUCAGUGCGCAACAAUUUAUUAAGUCUGACAAAUGUUCCAGCAUCAAACAAAUCCAGGCGGCCCACGCAAUCCUCGUCGGCUGCCCGCUCCACCAAUCCGGCGGGCGUUCCCCUGUCGCAGGGCGAGGAGGCCUACACCCGCCUGGCCACCGACACCAUCGAGGAGCUGGACUGGUGCCUCGACCAGCUGGAGACUAUCCAGACCCAUCGCAGUGUCUCCGACAUGGCCUCGCUUAAGUUCAAACGCAUGCUCAACAAAGAGCUGUCACACUUCAGCGAAUCCAGCAGAUCGGGAAAUCAGAUUUCCGAAUACAUAUGUUCCACAUUUUUGGACAAGCAGCAGGAGUUCGACCUGCCAUCGCUGCGCGUGGACGAGAAUCCAGAGCACGCGGCCGCCACAGCAGCCGGCGGUGCGGUUGGCGCCGGCGGUCAAUCGACCGGACAGCAGUAUGGCAACCGAAGCCGCUCACCGCGCGGCCCGCCCAUGUCGCAGAUCAGCGGCGUGAAGCGGCCGCUGUCGCACACCAAUAGCUUCACCGGCGAGCGGCUGCCCACGUUCGGCGUGGAGACGCCCAAGGAGAAUGAACUGGGCACACUGCUCGGCGAACUCGACACCUGGGGCAUCCAGAUAUUCAGCAUCGGCGAGUUUAGCGUCAACCGGCCGCUCACCUGUGUGGCAUACACCAUAUUUCAGAGUAGAGAAUUACUGACCAGUCUUAUGAUACCACCGAAAACUUUUCUUAACUUUAUGACUACUCUGGAGGACCACUACGUCAAAGACAAUCCGUUUCACAACUCGCUCCACGCCGCCGACGUGACCCAGAGCACCAAUGUGCUACUCAAUACUCCAGCGCUGGAGGGCGUGUUCACACCGCUCGAGGUGGGCGGUGCUUUGUUCGCCGCUUGCAUACACGAUGUGGAUCAUCCCGGCUUAACCAAUCAGUUUUUGGUUAACUCAAGUUCCGAACUAGCAUUAAUGUACAAUGACGAAUCUGUUUUGGAAAAUCAUCAUUUAGCUGUUGCCUUUAAAUUAUUGCAAAAUCAAGGAUGUGAUAUAUUCUGUAAUAUGCAAAAGAAACAACGCCAAACAUUGAGGAAAAUGGUUAUUGAUAUUGUGCUGUCCACGGACAUGUCCAAGCACAUGAGUCUGCUGGCCGACCUAAAGACAAUGGUGGAAACCAAAAAGGUGGCUGGCUCCGGAGUCCUGCUGCUGGACAACUACACCGAUCGCAUACAGGUGCUCGAGAAUCUGGUGCAUUGUGCCGAUCUGAGUAAUCCCACCAAACCGCUGCCGCUGUACAAGCGCUGGGUGGCGCUGCUCAUGGAGGAGUUCUUCCUGCAGGGCGACAAGGAGCGCGAAUCGGGCAUGGAUAUCAGUCCCAUGUGCGAUCGCCAUAAUGCCACCAUUGAGAAGUCACAGGUGGGCUUCAUCGACUACAUCGUCCAUCCGCUGUGGGAGACCUGGGCCGAUCUGGUCCAUCCGGAUGCCCAGGAUAUACUCGACACGCUUGAAGAGAACAGAGACUACUACCAGAGCAUGAUACCGCCAUCGCCGCCGCCAUCGGGGGUCGAUGAGAAUCCGCAGGAGGACAGGAUACGCUUUCAAGUAACCCUGGAGGAGUCCGACCAGGAGAACCUUGCCGAGCUGGAGGAGGGCGAUGAGGAUGUGGAUGCCGCUUCUAGCACCACAACGGGCACCACGGCCACCUCGGCCCUGGGCGGUGCCGGUGGUGGUGGUGGUGGUGGCGGCGGAGGUGGUGGCAUGGCACCCAGAACGGGUGGCAGCCAAAACCAGCAGCAUCACGGUGGAAUGUGACGGAGAGUCGUGGGAUUCUAUCGCAAAUUACAGGAAAAGGCACACAACUUUUUCCUACUACGUUAGUGACUACUAUUUAACACACACCAAACACACACACACACAAACACAAACACAAGCCAAAAAGGAAAAACUAAAAAAAAAAAACAAAGAAAAACUCUUGGAAAAAACACAAAAAAAAAAAAAAAAACAAAAACAAAAACCAAACUAAGGAAAUAUUAAACAAUUGUUUAAAGUAAAACCAAACAGCAAUAGCAAAAGUACCGUUUAACUUAUAAAGCCUAGAGAAAAACAAAAGCAACAAAAAAAAAGAAGAAAAAACGACAAAAAAAAAAGAAAGUUAGAAAUUUACUUAAUGGAAAAAUGAGAUUGAUGUUGAAUACACUUGGAGAAAAAGAAGAAGAAGGCAGAGAGCAAGCAACACAAAUCGUACAUAUUCUUAAAGCAAAGCAAAAGGAAAAUCCAAGACAAAAGCAAAAAGAGAAUGUUAAGAAUAUACCAAAAGUCCCGCCCACAAAAGAAAAAAAGAAAACCUAACAUAAUAUAUAGACGAUUUUUGUUGUAAAUGAGAUUUCUGUUGAAGCCGCCCUCCCAGGACUUUUAAAACCUUGACUAAAACCGAAAGAAGACCAGAUCGGACGGGGGGAUUACAAUUAAAUACGAUUAGUUUAAGAGAAAGCCUCCUUUUUUAUUAAGUUUUUAAUGUUUUUUGCAUGCCCGGAACAGGUUCAUUUUACUCGAUGAUUACUUUUGAUUGAUAAACGAUAGCUGGCAAUCGAUACCCAUCGAUAACAGCGUUAUUGAAUUUUUAAUGAUUUAGACAAAGCAAAGAAGCGAAAAACCCCAUGUAAAGUGUAAGAAUCCAGUGAAUUAAACCCGAAAAAACAAACCAGAAUUGAAAGCAAACAAAACAAGCACUUAAAUUCUAUUUAAAAUCCCCUCUCCCGCAAACGAUUAACAGCCUACAGACUGUAGUUUUGUAUAGUAAUAUAAUAUAUAUAUAAUAAUAAUAUAUAAAUACGUUUUUUUUUAUAUUAUUUGUAAAUAAUUUAAAUGUUGGACUCGAAUUUAAAAACAAAGCUAGCAAAUGUUUUUGCAGCUAAACUAAAUGAAAGAAAACAAAGCCAAAAACCACACACACACACACACAUUAAGUGAAUAAAAAAAAAAAAAACCGAGAGGAGAACAGGCGAAGGAUAAAAUGAAGGAUAACUAUUGUACAAUUAGCUAAAGAAUUUCCAUUUCAAUUUCAAUUUCGAUUUGAAUUGCGAUUUCAUUUGCUUCCAGAGGAGAGAAGAGAGAGAAUACAAGAGAAAAUAAUGUCAAACGCUGUCUUCGCAAAUAUUUUUCGCUAUAUAUAUAACAACUAUAUAUAUUAUUUAGCUAGUAACUAAGCUGACAAAACACAAUUUAAGCGGCAAAUGCAAAGCAAACACAGACACGAAAGAGAAGGCAGAAGUCUAGAAGAAGAGGAGGGAACAUGAAUUUACUAAGGAAAAACACACAAACAACCAGAAAAAAGACUCUUCGACAAAGGAAAAGGGAAAAUUUAUAACAAAUAAUAAUAAUACUAAAUACUAAAUACUAAUAGAGCACAACUUUUAGUUUUUCCAAUGAAUGCGAAACCAAAACCAAAGCUAAACACACACAAACGAAGAAAAGUCAUUGGCUAUAUACAGCAGUCUAUAUAGAGAUACUAUAUACCCCAUAGGAAGAUAUGUAUAUGCAAGUGUAGAGUCACGAUCCCACAGCGCUGGUGCCGUGGAUCGAUCGAUGUGGCAGGCCAAAUUCAAACGCGCAUAAUUUAUAUACAUACAUACACACAUAUAUAUAUAUAUUGUUUACUAUUAUUAUGUUUUAUUGUUAUUAAUUUAUUACCCAAAAACAUUAUUAUUUUGUUUUCAGAACUAGUGCUAUAUAUAUACGAUUUAUUUUUUGUGUUUAAGCGGGCAGGAUCCGCGCAUAAAAUAGUUUAAUUUUUUUUUUUUAAAUAUAUAUACAUAAACAUAUAUAUAUAUAUAUAUCAUAUAGAUUGAUAUAUGAUACGAUGAAAAACUUGAGGAAUGAAAAACGGAACCUUGAUGGUCUAAAAAUAUCAUUAAAACUAAAAACUAAAAACUAUUCGCAGAAGAAGAGUUAUUAUAUAUGUAUAUUGUUGAAGACAAAGUUGAAGAUAAUACUUUAUAGCAAUUUAAGCAGCAUUGUAAAUGUGCGCUUCUCAGAUUUACAUACAUGUAUUUUUUUUUUUUU